AUGGGGAACGCGCAGUCUUCGUCUUCUUCCAGAGGGGAGCAGGUGACCGGAGCGACGUCCGCUGUGCCUUCCUCCGCGGACCUGCCUUGCUCUCGUGAGAUGGUCGAGUACCUCCAGUGUGUCCGCACACACCCGGACGGUCUGACUGGAGCAGUUGACCAGUGCGACACGUUCCGUCAGAACUACAAGCUGUGUAUGGCGGAGUACAAGAAGGCGAAACGCGGGAAGGCCAACCUACAGCACCGCGUCCUCCUCGGGUCCUUCUCUCGAGACCCCGGCACGUUCGCCUUCGGUGCUCAUCUGCAAGCGAGCUGGGAGCUCUUCGAUCCUGUGAGCCUCUCGGCGGCGCGGAGAGCUGGACGCGGUUUCGACCCCCUGGACUCUGCGGCUGGGACACAGGCGGAGACCCGAGCUGGUACGCCCCGCGGGCGCGGAGAGGACGGAGACUUCACCGCCAGGGAGCGCGGCGCCGCGACCGGCGCGACCGCCGAGAGCUGCGCGCCUUACUACCGGAUCUUCGUCACCUGCUACCCGCAGGCAAACAUUUGCGUGUAUGCUGUUGCGCAGCCAGGGCUUCUCAAGGCGCAGCAGGGGGGGCGAGCGGAAGAGGCGGCGCGGGAGGGGCAGCGGGCAGCCGGGCGGUCCGCGGGCGGCCAGGAGCGCAGGAAUGCAGUCGGCAGAGGCUCGCUGGGGGGAGCAGAAGAGCCGCCUGGAGACGUGUCGACGCCGCCGGAUGGAGAGCGCCAGUCGGGUGGGGCGCAGGGUGGUCGCUCGCCGGCCGCGCCUUCGUCUUGGACGCAGCGAGGAGGAAAGGCCGAGGCGAGGAGCCAAAAAAAAGGAGGGAGGAGCGGGGCGAGCAAAAGAGACGGGCUCAGCGUGUCGUUUGAGGAACGAGGCAGCGAGGGGACAGGCGGGACGCAGGAGGCGCGCGACUGUGGAGGGAGACGCAGCAGCUUGAGGAGGAGAGCGCGGGAACGCAGUUCUCUCCUGGCCCUGCAGGCCGACUCUGCCGCGCGCCUUUUCCCGCCCUUUCUCUUCAACGCGUCUUCUGCGACCUUCACCUCGGGGGAGAGCGCCGGCGAGGACUCCGAGGAAGACGCAGUCGAGAGUCCCUCGUAUUUCGGCUUUCCGCCCGCCGGGCGAGGCGGCGAGGAGGCGACAGCGCGGGUCAGCGGGCCCCCGCCGCUUGGCACGAAGCGGAUCGGCGGGGCCGGCGGGACGUUCACGCCCGCGACGGUCGCUGCGGCUCUCUCGACACCGUCGCUGCUCCUGCAGCACCGCCCGGCCUCGCUGCGCCCCUUGGAAAUCCGCUUCAGUGCCGUCCUGAGCCUCCCUGUGCGCGGGGCCGCGGUCGCCUGCUCACCGCGGCACCUGAUUGUGGGGUGCGCGAGGCAGCCGGCGCUUCUAUUCCUCUCGCUCGACGGCCUCAGAACCGUUCAGGCAGUGAUCUACCUCUCAGACUUCUUGCCGCGCGCCGAGGCAUCAUCGCAGGUCUCUGCGCGAGCGGAAGACUGGCAGCAGCUAGGGGACGCGGAAGAGGCGGCGGGCCGCGACCGCGGAGCCGAUGCGCGUGCAGAGGCCGUGGGAGAAAGUCAAGUUGGCUCCACAGUGGAGACAGGGAAGCGCGGACGCCAGCUUGGAGACGAGCCCACACUGCAGGCCGAGCGUCUGCACGGAGAGUCUCACGAAGACGGGAGCGACCACGGAAGAAGCGGGGAAAACGUGAAAAGAGCGGCGGAAGCCGCUGCACGGAGGAGGCAGUGGGAGAGGACGGCGAGGGCCGCCGGAGACAGCAAUGGCUCUCAAGGUGCAGCGGACGGCUGUGUCUCUGUGCCGGCGGGUGAGCAGUUCGCCUCCUCAUGCAGGCCUCAGGAACGUGCGCGCGGCUCCCGCUCCUCGUCUCUCGGGUCUGCGCCGCGCUCGGACUCCCCAAACUUCUGCGCCUGCGGAGAGUUCCUGUUCUCUCCUCUGGGGCAUGCGACGAUCGAGGAGGUUGUUCGCUUCGAAGACCGCACUGAGGACGUCGUGCUGCUCCCAGACCUGCCGGACGAGGCGCUACGUGACGCCCGCGCCGCCGCCGACGCCCACAGGCACCUCGAGGAUCUCCUCCGGCUCGCCAGUGAAGAGGCGAAACGCGAGGUAGAUAGGCAGCCGCAGAGCGCGACUCACCACGGCGGAGGAACAGAGCUGGGCACGGAUGAAGAAGACGGAGCCGAGCGUGGAGCGCCUCCGUCGUCGUCAUUGGUGCGGACUGUCCGCUCGCUGCUGCAUGCGCGCCACGGAGGCGAAGCACCUGAAGGUCUCGCCUCCUGUUGCUCUUCUUCAUGGGAUGGCGCAGAGGACAGUGGUGAGCAUCGCGUUGUCACUGGGGACAGUGAGGCCGAAGGAGCUGCAGGAGCAGAAAGCGCUGCAGGCCCGCGAAUUCGAGGCGGGCUUUCGAACAUUGCUGCCGCGCUCUCCGAAGGCGUCGCGCAGAUCGCGCUGGAUGCGCGGCUGAGUCUGCUGGGGGUCGUGACGACGCACGGACGCUUUUUUCUUCUCAGCUGGCGAGCGCCGCUUUUUCUGCGACCCGCGCAAGUAGGCGCAGCCAAUCGCUCCUCCAACAGCGCCUCUUCUCCGCUGGCGUCGUCCUCUCACUCGCAGGGGCCCGGCGCCGGUCUAGACGCAGAAAGAAGCACUCCGCACGAGGGCGAAGGCGUCGGAAGACACUCCCCUCCUAUCGGGAUCUUGCUGAGACACCACCGAGUCGCGUGCUGCGCGCUCAACGCGGAGCGUCGCCUCCUGGCCCUGGGGCUGACGAAUGGGGAGAUCGAACUCUACUCUCUCGAUUUUUCUGUUUCCUCCUCCUCCGCAGGCAGCCACGCUUCGCCGGCCGCGUCUGCAUGCGGGCGGGUCGAAAGGGCACAGAGCCCGCCGGGAGAGGGGACAGCUGCGGACGCCGCGGCGCUUCAGGGGCGAGACCGCGCGGCUCUUCCGCGCGGGCGCUGCCCAUGCGAAGUCGUUCGCCUCGUGCGCCGUCUCAACCUGCGAGACGCGUGCGAGGGUCCUGAGGCGGCGCCGCAGGGUCGCGCUCGGGGCUCGCGCGAGCGUUUUGGGAGGAUUGAAAAGGAAGAGCGUGCUGCGCGCUCUCGCACGCCCUCUGGAGCUUCUCUCCUUGCGUCGGGGUCCUCUUCCUCCCUGCGUUCAGGGCGGCAACUUUUCGCAGCGGAAGGCGCGUCUCGUCUUUUCUGGGGAGAGGAUGGAAGAGCGGAGGAGGGAGGGCGUCAUCGGGUUGAGACGCUCGUCUGGUCCGACGACGGGCUCGCGCUGGCGGUCAAAUCGAGAGGGCGGCCACGCGUGGCAAGCGACGCGGGCGAGGAGAACGACGGCGAACCGCCUUCGGGCCCCGGUGCCCCGGUGGCUGUCUUCUCGUACACCGGGCGCCUUCUGCUCGCGCCCUUUUCGCCGCCGCCUCCCUUGCCGCCGAGGGCGCGCUCACGAUCUGCAUCGAGUGCAGCCUCGCCUCUCCUGUCCGCUAGCGCGGCGCCUUGUGCGCCUUCUCAGGCGUCUCUCAUGAACGGGGCGGCGGCGCUCGCGGCAGACGUGCACGGGGCGCGAAUGCCGCUCCCGAGCCAAGGCGCGGGCGACCUGACGCCACCUCCAGAGACGCGAAGUGUCCCUCUCAUUCCUCCGGUUGCGCACGCGCCGACCUGCGCGUGGACCGGCCUCGGUCUAGGCCUGAUCGUGUCGCAGGAGGCUGAGCAGCGCCAGGCGAACGCAGUUGGCGAGGAAGAAGCCUGGGGCAGAGCUGUAGGCGGCAGAAGAGGCAGCGAAGACGGCUUCCGCAGAGGAAGUGCCUGCGCGCGUCUUCUGCCGCCCGACGUGUUCGAGUUUCCUAUAUUCCGCAGCGCCUGGCUUGGCGUGGGCACGACUGCGGUCGACUCCGCCGGAAGCCGAGCGGCGAGCGACGCGGGCGACAGAAUCCUCAUUGGAUCUUCGUGCCUGCUGCUGUGGGCCGCGCUGCCGCACCUGCCGGCGUCGCUCUCGUGGUCGCGCAUUCCGCUCCCUCCGCCCAUGUAUCUGUCGCCGAACUGGCCUAUUCGACAGGCGUCGCUGUCGCCCAACGAGGAGUUUCUGCUUGUGUCGGGGACCCGCGGUUUCGCAGUGUUUUCGCUCGGGCAGCGCCGCUGGCGCGUGCUGGGCGAUGAGCAGCAAGAGCGGCAGCUUCCCACGGGUCUCUUGCCCCAGGGGUGGUACGACCCCUCGAUUUUCUUCAUCUCUAUCCGGACUUUCGACCCCGACGUCUCCCCUGUCGAGGCGGCUCUCGCGGCGCUCGCCCCACUGCCUGUCAACAGCCUCUCACUUUCGUCGCCUGAGCACUCAAAGCGACUUCUCUCUUCGCUCUCCUCACUCCCACUUCCCACUCCGCAUUUGGGGCGGAAGCCUCACGCGGCGCUCGCGCCUGCCGCGGCCUUUUCCGGGGGUUUCUCCGGCGUCGCGGCGGCAUCCCAACACCCCACAGCAGCCGAGGCCUCGCCUCGUGAACACGCUCGCGCUUCUCGCUCCUCCUCCUUCUUGUUCGGUUCGCCUCAGCCUCCCUUGUCUGCCCUCUCCUCUCCUCGCCUGCCGUCUGGAGUCUCUCUGCCGGGAUGGCGAGGCCCGCGAGGGUCGGCGCUGGCGGCCGAGGUGUCUCUCGAGCGGAGAGCUGCGCAGACGCCCUUUUGCGUCUCGCAACAGCUCCCUGGGAUGUCGCUUCAGGAGCGCGAAACAUGGGAGGCGGUUCUCGAGAGGCUGGAGGUCGAUUCAACCUCUUCCGCGCAGCUUUUUACUUCGCCGCAUGUGCCGUCUCCUCAAGCGGCGCAGGGCAGCCCCGUCUCGCGCGCCUCCGCGGCCUCGCCUCUCUCUGGCGGAGAGGCGUCUGCGGGCCGCGACAACAGAGGCGAGCGAGGCGGGGGGGCAUCCACUGCGGCUGGGUUCUGGAGCUCGAAGAGGCAGAGAGCACAGAAAGUGACUCCCAAGACGGGGUACGCGCUCUUUUUUUUCGACGUCCGAGGCCGCCUCGCAGUCGAGAACUGCGUCGCCACGGUGCGCGCGCUGCCGGCGCGGCCUCUCCGCACCGCGCUCCUGUCAACGAGACAGAAACCGAGCGCAAAUCCGCCAAAACGGAGGGGCGUGCGGGGAGCCCCAGCGCGGCGGCUCGACGCGGGAACGGGGCGGCGGGCGCACGUCAAAGGCCGCGGCGAAGGCUUACAAGUGAGCGGAGGCGAGCAGAGGAGACAAUGCUGUCGGUGCGGGCGGCGACAGGCUGAGGCGCGCAGGCGACGUGAGGAGGAAGGGAGGCAAGAGGAUAGCAGUCGAGAGGACGGAGAGGCGGACGCCGGCCGAUUCGAAUUCGACGGGCACGACGGCGCAUCAACAGCAAGAUAUGGCGGUGAGGGCGAGUCCUCGAGCGACUCUGAAGAAGGGUGUGCGCUCUGCAAAGGCCUAUCAGAGAAGGAAAUCACAGGUUACCUCGCCGCGCCUCCCGCGCUGAACCUCGCCACCGACGCGCCAAUCCUCGCUGUCUACGAUGCAUUGCAUCUCAUCACAGCUUAUCAGCUGCGUCCCGCGGCUCCACGGCUACCUUCGUCGGCGCUCUCUCUCUCUCCGGAUCCUCCUUCGUACUCCUCUCUUCAUCGCACGGUGUCUCAGCCUGCAGGCUCUGCGCAGCCCCCGGCUGCGCGUUGCGCGCCGCCUCGCCGAGCCGCAGAGCGUUUCCCUUCCCUCGCGGCCGCUGGCAGCACCCUUCAUUCCAGGCCAAGCGCCGCGACGCUCGCGUCGUCGCCGUCUUCGUCUGCUGCUUCCGCUUCUCUGCCGUCUUCUCUCCUGGUAGGAGCAUCGCUUUCCACGUCGCUGCCGAUCUGCACCUACGACGUUCUCGCGCUGUGGCAAGUCGACCUGUCGAGCUGCUGGGUGGAUCACCCGCUUCAGAUUCGCUUCGCCGCGUCGCCGGCGCUUCUCGUCGUCCUGCAUGCGGGCGGCGAGGUCACCGCUCUGCGGCUCGUCUCCAAAGAAGAGUGCGGCGCGGCCCUCCUCCGCGAAAAAGCCAAGGGCGGAGAGGCUGAGGCGCUGCAGACGAAGACGGUCGCAGCGGCGAUCGAAAGCCGCAGGCACGAAAAAGGCGUCAAGUUCGGCGAGGCACGGCCGGACCAGAGACAAGGGAUUUCGAGCCGGGGGAGGCGCCUGAAGCGUGGUCAGCGGUCUCUGCAUCUCGUGCCGCAGCUCGUCGCACAGCAAAGCAGAGCGUUUGGCUCUGGGGUCACGUCUCUCUGGCUAGAUCCCCCGGCUCAACUUCCCUUCUUCUGCCCGCUGCCUGCUCGCCCGAUCUUCGCCUUGCGAGACGUGAGCGGCCUUCGCCGCGGGCUCCUGAGUGCGCAGCAAGGCGCCGCGUCAGCGGACGGCGGUGCAGCAGCCUGUGCAGAGGAAGACCGACCCGAUGUGGCGCGAGACGCCGACGCGGAGGCUGAGUGGCGCGGAUGCGUCUGUGCCGUCUGCACUGUCGGCGGCGCGGCGGGUGAGAGCUUAGGCGCGCUCGGGGGGACCGAGGACGGCGGAGGUGGCGACGACUGCGUCCGCCAAGCAGCCGGUCCUUUUCUUUGGAGACUUUGGAGAGCUUCGAAGAAGACAGACUGCGCGCGUGGUCACCUCCAGAACCCGCCUCAGCGGUUCGCGACGGCGUCUGUGAAGUGCGGAGCGACUGCGCGCACCCGACGAAAGUCCGGCUGCCGCUGGGCGCGGAAGGAAAUGGACAGGAAGAAGAGAGAGAGAGCGGCGAACGUCAAGCGAAUGCGUGGGGUGCUCAGACCGCCGCGCCUCCCGCCCUUCUCCGAGUCGCGCGCGCGGCCUCGCGUCCCUCCUCAGACCCCAGCUUCCUGCGUUUCCUCCUCGCUCAGCGCCGGAGGCGCGAGGGCGUCCGAGGGCAGAGACGCAACCGAAAAAGGCAGGCGGCAGAGAGAAGCAGAGAGGCCGGCAGCGGCACAGCGAGGCGAGAGCGAGAGAGGCAUGGCUGUUGAAGCGUCAUCAUGCUCGCCGCGGACAGCAACGCGUCCGCCGGCGCAACCCAGGCCCAACGCGUCGAGCGGCAGUGGAGCGACAGCGGGGAGCCAGGAGCGAAGAACGGGAGUUGACGGAAGAGAACGAAACGAGCUGCAUGUGCAGGAAGUAGAGAGACAGCGGAGCGGCGAGCGUCACAGCGCAUCUCGUCGGUCGCACCGGUGGAGAGGAAACGAAGACCUCGUGCUUGCAGGCGAGGACGAGGCGGCGAACCCGCGGCACUUCCGCGGCUCUACGUCCUUCGGAGAUCACUUCUGCUGCCCCUUUACUCCGCUUCCGUCUCACCCUCCCCUGUUCGCUCUCGGCCGAACGCGUUGCGGACUGUCGCACUCUCUUCCUCUCUCUUCGUCGCCUCUUUGUUCGUCUUCAUCCAUCUCGCUGUCCUCCCUAUAUCCUCUUGACUCUCACGGCGGUUCCUCUUGUGGUUUGCCGUCACCCCGAAGUGUGACUCGAGUCGCAUGCAGUGUCUCCCAAGGAGGAGAGGCAGCCUGUGGCGCGGCGCGGACACAGGGCGAGCGCGAGGAAAUGGCGACGACCGUACGCGAGGCGUCGGGCGAGCCGAAACAAAAAGACGGAUCAGCGGACGAAGGAGUGGCAAAGGGAGACAAAAACGGUGAGGGAGGAAUGGCAGGACACCGAGGCGUGGAGGCAGUGGAUAGCACCAGGAUUAGCGCAGAGGAGAGCUCGCAGGAAGAGACGGACGCGCAGCUGUGCUCAUGCUCUCCGUGCUUGGAGGUGGAGACUCGAAGCAAACGCAGAGGAGGUUCAGGUGCGUGGCGAUCCGUGCGGCUUUAUCUUGUCCGUCAUCUGCGUCAAAGGCCCAACCAUGGUGUGCAUGUGAAGUCGCGAGGAGCGUGGACGUCGGCUUCAGAACUGGCAGAGCCCAUUGCUUCUGCCAGCUCGGAGCCACCGCCGUUUCUCUCCCUCUUUCGUGUGCGGGGGAGCCGUUGCUGCCUUUUUUGCGAGCAGUGGGCGUCCUCUGCUUGUUCGCAAAGUCUGAAGAUAUGUAUAUAUAGAGAGAUUUUAUGUACCUGA